AUGGCCGACACUCACAGACUUCUCGAGGCAGCGAACGCUCUUUCUCAGUUGCUCCGCUCUCACUCUAUACCUCACGCUUUUCACGGAAGCAUUCUCACCGCGAUAGUAUCGGAUAGCCCCCGCUGUGAUGAAAUAUACUGUAUCGUGGAUGGCGGUUCGUCGCAUCCUUUUGGUCGGGUACGCCAGGCCUUAGCAGGAAGCGAUCAUUUCACCAUUACCAACUCGCCGUGGAGCAACCGGUUGCAUGCUACAUAUCGUAGACUGAUACCUGCAAUUGAGAUAUUGCCUGCAGGAGAGCAUGGACCGCGACGGCUAGAUGGCUCCACAACCAUGAGUCUGAAGGGAAUUCCUUUCCUGACUCUGUCGGAAUUUGUCCGAGACAAGCUCAAAGCAUGGGCAAUUCGUGGCUCUGAACGCGAUGCCCACGACAUUGUCUACACUUUAUGUCGAUAUUGGAAUCGUCUAGAUAUUAACCGAGUUCCGGAGCAUGACAUGAAUCACUUUGUGAAGUGUCAUCGCACAGCAGCGCUUUCGUGGGCUGCGCUGAAAAGAAAGUAUGGCAUGUGA